AUUAAUUAUUAAAACUGCAGCUAAAGAACAACUACUAAGAGUAUAAAUAUUUUAAAUUAAAAAAAAAAAACAAAAACAACAAAAAGUGUUAAUUAUUUAAAAUAUAAAAAAUGUUUCCCAUGUCGAAUAGAAUUUUGGAAGAUUCACCCAAUGCUCACAUUAACAAAACGAUUUUAGAUCGUUACUUAAGUUUGCCUUUGAAAGAGAACAUCGUUCAGGCUACUUAUGUCUGGAUUGAUGGUACUGGCGAAGAUUUACGUUGCAAGGAUCGUACUUUGGAUUUUAUUCCUGAGAAACCAAGUGAUCUACCCAUUUGGAAUUAUGAUGGCAGUUCUUGUUAUCAGGCUAAGGAAUCCAAUUCUGAUACCUAUUUACAUCCCGUAGCCAUUUAUCGCGAUCCCUUCCGUCGUGGCAAUAAUAUUUUGGUUAUGUGUGAUACCUAUAAAUUUGAUGGCACUCCCACCGAUACAAAUCAUCGUAAAACUUGUCUAGAAGUUGUUAACAAAUGUUUGGAUGAAGAACCCUGGUUUGGUAUUGAACAAGAAUACACAUUCCUUGAUUUUGAUGGUCAUCCAUUAGGUUGGCCCAAGAAUGGUUUCCCUGGACCCAAGGACCCUACUAUUGUGGUGUGGGGUGCUAAUAAGGUUUAUGCCCGUGAUGUAGUGGAUGCUCAUUAUAGAGCUUGUUUAUACGCUGGCAUCAAAAUUUCCGGCACUAAUGCUGAGGUCAUGCCAGCCCAAUGGGAAUAUCAGGUAGGACCCUGUGUAGGCAUUUCAGUGGGUGAUGAUUUAUGGAUGUCUAGAUUUUUGUUACAUCGCAUAGCUGAAGAAUUUGGAAUUGUAGCUACUUUAGAUCCCAAACCCGUGCCUGGUGAUUGGAACGGUGCUGGUGCCCACACCAACAUUUCCACCAAGACCAUGCGUGAAGAUGGUGGCAUUAAGGAAAUCGAAAAGGCUGUUGCCAAAAUGUCUAAACAUCAUGAUCGUCACAUUCGUGCCUAUGAUCCCAAACAGGGUCAAGAUAAUGCUCGUCGUUUGACUGGCCAUCAUGAGACCAGCUCCAUUAACGACUUUAGUGCUGGUGUAGCCAAUCGUGGCUGUUCCAUACGCAUACCACGUGGUGUCAACGAUGAGGGCAAAGGCUACUUUGAAGAUCGUCGUCCUAGCUCUAACUGUGAUCCCUACUCGGUAGUUGAGGCUAUUUUGCGCACAAUCUGUUUAAAUGAAUAGAUCACGAUCGGAACUCUUUAGCAAAAUUGUUUUGUUGUAUUUGACCUUUGAAAAUGUCUCUAAACGUUUUGUUUCUAAAUGAUUUUAUGUUAAACGAAGAAUUUCUUCUGUAUUUUUGUUAAAACUUGUCAUAGUAUUCUGUUCUUUUUUUGUUUUUUUUUUUAAUGUUAUUAAUUUUAAAACUCCGCCUCAUUUAACGUUUGGUUAUUAUUUUAUUCAUAAUUUUAUUUUUAGUUUUUUUUUUUUCCUUGUUUAAUAAUAAUAAAAGACAAUUUCUGUAAUGACAUUAUUUACUCAUAGCUCAGUUAUUAUAUCUAUAAUUAUAUAUUACAAUAAAGAAAAAACUAUAUAUGAAAAAAUA